CUCAGAAGGUCCAUACGCACUUAUCCGGACAACUAAGGGCCAUAUUGGCCGUCCGGGACAACCUAACCUAACCUAUUAUUGUUUCUCUAGUGUUGCGUAUAUCAACAAAAGAGGUAGGCGUGGUCUGAGCCGAUUAAUCCUAAUAUUACCAAAUGGGCAAAUUUUCAAGUCAGUAAUUAUAUUUUUAGACUUUAUGCCAACAAAAUUCGACUUUGGGACCAUUGUACAAUGCGAGUCUGUUCAAAUUGAUAAAUAAUUGCAUGAGGUAUACAGAAAUUAGAAUGGAAAUCAGUGAUCUAUACAUCAUAUAUUAAAUAUAGGUCUAUUCGAAUAUUGUGACUGUGUCGCUUCUUCAAUGACCUUUAAAUUUUCAUUUUCUGAACUUUAUAUCAAUUGCUUUCUAAAUUCCACCAUUUUCCAUGACUUUCCGGACACCGUUGUUAUUUUAAAAGCAGAUCGCAUGACCUUCACAUCGGGAAAAGAUAUCCUGAACAGUAAACAAUCUUAGCCGUUUAUCUAUUCCAUAUAAAUAAAUAAAGAAAUAUGUACAUGUAUGAAAUACAUGAAAUAUGUAUAUGUAUAUAUUGGGAUCCGAUCCGCACUGCGAAGAGGCGUGAGUUGCCCGUUUACACCCUCUGUAAGGGUAUCUUAUUUUGAAUUGAAAUUGAAUAAUCAAAGCUACUCAUGCGGAUUGAAUUCUGGUUAAUUAUAUUACAUCAUUGGGAUUCAAUUCACAUUCGUUUAUCAUUCGUUCUUAUGUGUCGGCGCAAUGGAGUCCAAGCUAAUAUUCUGUGUUCUAUUCGGAAUAUUUAUAGCUUCUUCAUUCGAUUUUAAUGAUGCGGUAGUAUUCAAGUUUACGAACGUCGUCUGUGAGAGCUUCAACAAAUCCUGGUUCGUGUUCCACAACUGUCGUCUGAAGGCUGUCAGUCGCAGCAAAGUGACCCUCAACAUGAAUGCGACGAUAUUGCAUCCGACCAACGAUAUGACAUGUCAUGCACAGAUGUUUAAAAGAGCAAGCGGAUAUAAGCCCUGGCUAAUGAACAUUAAAUUGGAUGUCUGUCUGUUUCUUCGAAGGAAAAAUAACCCAUUUUUUUCUAUAGUCUAUAGUUUCUUUAAAGAUCUUAGCAACUUUAAUCACACCUGUCCCUACGGCGCAAUAAUUGUCAAAGAUGUGUAUCUAAGACCCGAGCUACUGCGUCUUGCCAUGCCAACUGGGGAUUAUUUGUUGUCGAUGAAGUGGUAUUACUAUCAAAAGCAUCAAUUUGAUAUGAACUUUAGUUUUACGUUCGUCGAGGAUCUACUGCAGAGCUAAUGAUGGGAAUUACCUGCUAUCCUGCUACCUGCAUAAUAAUGUGUCAAUUAAAUUUCAAGAAAAUGUAUAAUAAUCUCUAUCUUUUGACAGAUCAAUCAAUGAAACAAAUACAUAAUAUUUUAAUAUUUCUAUAUAACUAAAUACCAAUAUAAAGCUAUUUGGAUAGAUAG